UAGCACUCGAAUCAGGCUUGAAUCGAAUCAGAGUGUAAAAGACUAAAAGCACUCGAAUCAGAGUGUAAAAGACUAAAAGCACCAUGUUUCAGCAUAAUAAUUAUGCAUCAAAGUUCAGACGCAUACAAAUAAUUUUCUCACAAUUGUAAUUCGAUAGCGUAGUUUCAUGUAUAAUUCAGCAGGAAUACGCAUUCUUAGAAGGGAAGGUCACGUCAUGUACGUGAUUAUUCAUACAGAACGAAACCUCUCAGCAAGGUUAAAAGCGAAGAUCUACGUACAGUGCACAAAGAAUCUGCUUCUAAAUUUUCCCAUUUCGAAUGGCUUAUGCCUUAGAAAUCGACCCGAUUUACCAACUUCAAGAAAAUCUACAAUGUUCUGUUUGUCUCGAGCCGUUAAGAGAUCCCAGAACACUUCCUUGCUUCCAUUCGUUCUGUAAAGUUUGCCUCGAAGGCGUUGUUGCAACAUGUCGUGGCAAAGCACCUCACGAUCGACCAAUUCGACAAUUUCACUGCCCCAAUUGUCGGGAGACGUUCACCCUCGAGCCUAACAAGAAAGUGGCUGAUAUGCCAAGGAAUCAUUUCAUCUGUAAUAUGGUUGAAGCGACAGCCGUGCUGAAUCAUGGAAUCGGUGUUCCCUGUUCGCAUAAUUGUAAUAAAAGCCGCUCGGUUGCUCGUUGCGUCACCUGUGAAAAAUUUCUAUGCCAGCAAUGUCUCACUGCUCAUAAUAAUUAUCGAGCGAACGAUGGUCAUUCUGUGCUAACGAUGGAGGAGUUAUCAAAGCCUGAAAAUCGGAAGAAAAUUCGUGGCAAAAUGUAUUGCAAUGAGCAUUCGGGCAUGGAAUUAAAAGUUUACUGCGAGACGUGCGACAAGCUGAUUUGUAAGGAUUGUAUGGAUUUUAAGCACACGAAGCCAAAUCAUUCUUGUUUUCUUGUCAAGGACGUAGCAAACAACUACAAGGAGAAACUUGCCUCGAAAAACAAGGCAGUGGAUUCUGCUUUAAACGAAGGCAAUGCUCACCUUAGAAAAUUAUCCGCUGCGACCAAACAACUCGAUCGCGAUGCUGAAAAUGCCAAGAGUAAAAUUCUACAACGAAAAGAUACCGUGAUUCAAAAGCUGGCUGAACUGGUAGAACAAAAGGCUGCAACGCUUUUAAAUGAAGUAGACCAGAUCCAUGGCGGUGAACGGGCAAAGUUGGAUGGGCAGACAGAAGAAACGAAGGUAUAUACUGAACAGAUAUCUCGUUCUGUUCAACUUUCCAGAAAAUUGGUUGACAGUGGCACGGAAGAAGAAAUCAUAUCCUCGCAGAAAAUGAUGUUAGAUAACGCCAAUAAUCUCCUAGCAAGACGUCCAGCAUAUCUUAAAGCACCAGUACGCGUUCCAAAGUUCAGCUACACACCCUGCACUGACAAGGAACCAUUGAAUGAAGAGAUUGCCACGGUCUUGGCAAACUAUAUGGGAGAAGUAAAUACAGAAAAUAAAGAUACUGGUAAGAAACUGGUCAUUAUUAAAUAUCUUAAAUUAAGUAGCUUUUGUAUCCUUUUUUAGCCCUAACAAGUCUACGUCCAGUAUAAGAGCUUUUUAAAGCUCUUAUUACUUAUACUAGAUGUAGACUUGUUAGGGAUUAAAAACUUGUUAGGAAUUAAAAUCGUAAAUUGGAGUCUGUAGUGUUAUACUUCAAGAGGUAUAUCCUAAAGUUAAACCAUGCAAACAUACUUUUUGAGCUUGUAGUUGUGAUGCAGCAAUACAACUACAAGCUAGACGAUUGCAGUUGAUAUAAGUUUUUGACUGGCUGCUGUGUUUCUCAAUUUUUAGUGAAAUAACAGAUCUUUUGUACAGUACUUUUUGUUAUAUGUAUGAUCUGCCUUGAUUAAAUUGGGGGUAUAAAAUGCGAGAUAUACAACUGGCACUAAUCAGAUCUUAUUUUUCGAAAACUUAACCAGUACUAGAAAUGUUAUCAAUAUUAAUUUGCUACCCAGAAAACUGUUAUCAGUGUCCCAAGAGUGAGGCAUUUGCAUCAAUUUCAAGUCUGGAAAGGUGGGGGUUUUGUAUCACUAUUUUGACCUAACGAUGGGGCAUUUGCAACGUUUUUCCCUCUAAAUGUUAAAUGCCCGACAGAUGCAGGGGUGGGGGGGGCGUAUUAGGAUGGGCAGGCAUAGACAUAGAAUUCUGAGCAGUCCUUAAUUCCUAGAAGUCCGGUACUGCAGAGGCAAGCUAAACCAAACUAGCUUUAUUUACUCAGGAUAGCUUAGUAUAAGUGAUAGAAACUCUUCUUUUAUCAAACUGACCUUUGCCACAUCAAUCUAGACUGAUCAUAAAGUACUUACGGAAUAUGCACUAAAUUGUAGUAUAUUCCGUUAAGAUAGAUAUGUUUUUAAUUUUAUAAUUUAUUGAAGAGAUUGAGAAAGAAAAUAGUUUUUUCCAAUGAGUUAUGUGUUUUAAUGUAGCAUCUUCUUCUAAAAUAUAUACCAGUAUAUUCAAAUAGUGCAAUGUUUAUGCACUUUGUGGCAAUAUGACUGACACAUAUUUUCUGAUUAGGUUCAGAGCUAGCUCAAGCAGCAGCCAAUAUCAAACUGUCGAAAGACCACAAAUGUUCCAUUUGUUUUCGUCCAUUUACCAACAAGAAAACCUUGGAUAAAUGUGGUCAUUCAUUUUGCACCAAGUGCAUUGACAAGGCUUUUAAAGUGAAGAGACAAUGUCCAACUUGCAACCAGGCUUAUCGUUCUCUCACUGGCAAUCAACCAGAAGGGACAAUGGUUUAUUCUGCAUUACCAUACAGUCCUUCAAUUGUCAUAACUUACGAGUUUCCAAAUGGGAUCCAAGGACCAGAUUAUCCUAAUCCUGGCAAGCCAUACAAGGGGAAAAAUGUAAAUGCUUAUCUUCCUAACAACACAGAAGGCCACAAAGUUCUUAGACUUUUAAGGAAAGCUUUUGAUAAAAAAUUGACGUUUACCAUUGGACGAUCGUUAACGGGGAUGGAAGAUAUUGCCAUGUUCACGGAUAUUCCUCAUGACACCACAGGGUAACUAAAACUACUCGUGUUGUGUGCAUUUACUGUUAACUAUAAUAUCACACUAUUAACAAAUCAUUGUUUAGCACUGUAGUUUUAUUAAGGAGAAAAUCUUACAAUGUAUGCAUGCUCUUCACUAAAGUUUCGUGUAUACAAGUGAGGGUGAAUUCAAAAUACCGUAUACUCAGGCGUACUCAAAUUUCCGGCACGAAUUCGCCUUCGGUACUGUUUACACUGGAUGCAUGAAACCGCGCUAAUUCUCGCACAGCUGCCCGUACAGAUUUUUGUGUGAAUAAACAUGAAUAUAAACGGUCAUACUCAUGCAUAAUUCAUAUUUUUGUCAGGUUUCGUGGUUACGUACUCGGAUGUCAUAAGUUGGCACAUGCAUGUUAAGUAUAGUUACAGUGCCUAUUUUAAGAAUUUUUAGCAGUGCACACUUAAGAGAAUGGGUAUGCCAUUUGAUCAGGAAAUAUAGUAGUGAUUUUUUUUAUUAAUUUACUGCAUGCAGUGGUGGUGGAAGGAACUGUGAUCACAUUUUACGAAGGCGCAGACAGCAGUGCAAGGAUCAGGCUUUGUGGCCUUCGCCAUUGUCCGACGUUUCUGGAGCACUGUCUUGUAAUACGAAGUUGAAAAUGAAAAUUUCCCAUAUCGCGCACACCAACACGUUCAAUAUUGCACACUUUUCAAUCAAUACUGGACAAAGUGUGCAACGCUGCACCUCAAAAUAGUCCUUGAAUAGUCACAGGCAAAAACUAUGCGCAUGUACAAACAAAGCAGAUCAUUUAGCAGUAACCACUUCCUAUAUUUAUUUCCAUUAAUUGUCAUUGUAGAAUUUUUCAUGACAUACACUACAUGAGAAGAGUGCAGGAAGUAUUGGCUGCGAAAGGAAUUACUGAAUAGACGAAGUGGAAAAAACAAGUAACCCAAUCAUCUGAACAGUGGUUAAAUAUACAUAUAUUUUAACAUAGUUAUAUUUUAUUAUAUUAUGUGCUUUAGAAUAGCAUAUUCUCAUAAGUGGCCAGGUUUCAAACACUACCCUGUUUUCUGACCAUCAGAAUUCUGUUAAAUCUUCCCCAAAGUCCAAGAAAUGGCAUUUCAGAGACUCUAAAUUUAAACAUUUCCUCGGACCUUCGGCCCUUUUUUUCAACCCCCUCCCCCCUUUCCCCAAUCGAAAAGAGCUUCCUACGGCCCAGGGGGAAAAGAGAUUAAAAUGCACCUGUACCUCAAUACAAUUUUUGGUGUACGGUUAAUACACGGCUAAUACUGUAUUUGUGUCAUUCCGAAAAGAAAUGUAAUUAUACAGUAUAUCUUUCUAAUAGAAAAGUUCCCAGCACCCCAUCUUGAUAAAGUCGUGUUCAUUGUCAAGUUGCCAGAUAUUAAUUGAUUUUUUGCAGCAAAAGCAAAUUAAAGUAAACUAAUUAAUUUGCUAUGCCUAUGAUCGUCCCAAUGAGUUGAAAAAUAAGACUUUAAUAGUUAAGGCUGUACGUUUUAAGCCCCGUUUACACUACGCUCAAUUUUUGGUACGGCACGGAUAAAAUUGGUACCC